AUUUAAUUUUGGUUUUGUGGUUGCAAAAGGAGAGAAUUUUUGGAACUCCAAUUCACCCCCCCCUCUUGGAGUACAUUGAGUCAACAAUUGGUAUCAGAGCAAGGGCUCCAAUUUGAAGGUUUAACCACCUAGCAGUUGAUCAAGGAUGGCUCAAUUUCAAGCUUCUCAACCACUUCAAGGUUUGUCUACCACUAAGCCUCCUUUCUUUAAUGGUACUAAUUAUAAUUAUUGGAAGAAUAAGAUGAAGGUCUUCAUGCUUGUAAAUGUGCCUAAGGCAUGGAUUGUGACUAUGAAAGGUCCAUAUGUGCCUAUGAAAGUAGUUGGGGAAAGUGAGGUGCCAAAGGAAGAAGUUGAAUGGAAUGAUAAAGACUUGGUGAAGAUCAUGAUCAACAACAAAGCAAUCUACAUGCUUCAGUGUGCUCUCAAUCCAACGGAAUUCCAUAGAGUAUCUGGAUGUGAUACGGCCAAAGAGAUGUGGGACAUGUUGGAGGUAACACAUCAAGGAACAAGCCAAGUGAAGGAGUCAAAAAUUAAUAGACUCAUUUACAUGUGUGAGCUUUUCAAGAUGAAACCGAAAGAGAGCAUUCAAGAUAUGUAUAAAAGAUUGAAUGAUAUAGUCACCAAUCUCAAGGCUCUUGGUAAAGUCUAUCAUUCUCAAGAAGUGAUGAGGAAGGUUCUUAAAAGCUUGCCCAAGAAUUGGGAAGCUAAGAAGACCGCAAUUGAAGAAUCUAAGGAUCUCAACACUCUCAAGCUUGAAGAUCUCAUUGGAAAAUUGAUGACAUAUGAAAUAGAAGUUCAAGUUGAUUAUGGAGUUGAAGUAGUUGAGAAGAAGAAGCAGAAUGUUGCUUUCAAGGCUAACAACCAAAAGGAAGAGAGUGAAGAUGAUGCUAGUAAUGAUGAGUCUAGCAAUGAGGAGGACAUCACCAAAUUGAUUUCAAAGGAAGUGAAGAGAUUCAUGAAGAAGAACAUCAAGAGCAAGCUUGCAAAAAGAGAUGAAGGAGAGUCUACCCAAAAGAGUGUGACAUGCUAUGAGUGCAACAAUAUGGGGCACUAUAGAAAUGAAUGUCCCAAAUUGAAGAAGGGUGAGAAGAAAGGCAAGAAGAGCAUGAAAAAGAAAGCUUUUGCCGCCACUUGGAAUGAUGAUGAGGCUAGCUCAACGGAAAGUGAAAGCUCCUUGGAGAAUGGUGUUGCAAAUCUUUGCUUCAUGGCUCAAGAGAAUAGCAACAAUGAUGAGGAGGUAAACUCUAACUCCUCUAGUUCAACUAAUGAAAGUUCAUUUGAGUAUUAUUAUGAUGAUUUAUGCAAAGUUCUUGAUUGCUCUAUGAAUGAUAUCAAGAAACUAGGAAAUGAGAAUUUUGCUUUUACUAAAACCAUUUCAUUGCUUAAAAAUGAGAUUGUAUCUCUCUCAAAACAAAAUGAGGUUUUAGUUAAAGAAAAUGCCUCUUUAAAUGGUGAAAUUGCAUCUUUAAAGAAUGAGGAGUCUAAUAAUGUUUUGAAAAAGGAAAAUGAGGAUGCAAAGAUGGAAAAUGAGGAUUUAAAGAAGGAAAAUGAGGUUUUAAAGAGAAAAGGUUGUGAUCUUGAGAAUGUGAUUUCCAAAUUUACCUUUAGUAAAGAAAAAUUUGAUUCUAUCUUAAAAUCUCAAAGUAUUUAUGACAAAGGGGGCAUUGGAUUUGAUUAUUCUAAAAGGCAAAAGACUUUUAAGAAUUCUUUUGUAAGAGCAAGUCAAUCCUCUCAUCCUAAUGUUACUUGCUAUUGUUGUGGUGCAAAUGGACACUUUGCUUAUGUAUGUCCUUUGAAGAGAUUGAUAGCUCAAGGUAAAGUGAAGCAAAUUUGGGUUCCAAAAGGAACAUUAAGCACUAACCCCCAUGGACCCAAGCAAAUUUGGGUACCAAAAAUCAAAACCUAAUUUUGUUUUAUAGGUAAAGUUGAUGGCAAAGUCAUAAGAAGAGCAAAGUUGAUCUUGAUAAAGACUUAUGCCUCAACAAGAAUGUUGGAGUAAAAGUGCAAAGAAAAUUUGUUUUUGAAU